GCGGCUGCUAUGAGCUCAGCUCUGGGCAGUAACCUGUCAGAGCUGGACAGGCUGCUCCUGGAGCUCAACGCUGUCCAGCAGAACUCUCCCUCCUUCCCCACCACAGAGGAAACAGCCCCACCCCUGCCAUCCUGCAGCAUAACCCACUAUGUGCAGGAGAACGGGGCUCCCCCUGACGUUAUGGUGAGCCCUCCGUCUCAGGAGAAGACCAAACGGAACGGGAGGCAGGCGGUGGAGGAGGGCCGGCCCACUGUGGAGAGUCUGCUGGAUGAGCUGGAGGGCUCUGUACCCACUCCCAGCCCCUCUGUCCUUCACAAUGAGUUGGACUCUUCCUCUCAGCAGCAGGCCAGAAUGUCAGCUUCCUGUGCCACACGUGAACUUGAUGAGCUCAUGGCCUCCCUUUCCGACUUCAAGAUCAUGGCCCAGGGGAAAGGUAGCCCUGGAGGCCCCCCAACACAGGUCAACAAGCUGGACAACAUGCUCGGCAGUCUGCAGUCUGACCUCCAUAAACUGGGUGUGCAGACUGUGGCCAAGGGAGUGUGUGGGGCAUGUUGUAAACCCAUCGUGGGACAGGUGGUUACUGCCAUGGGGCGCACAUGGCACCCAGAGCACUUUGUGUGUAGCCAUUGUCAGGAGGAGAUAGGUUCCAGAAACUUCUUUGAGCGUGACGGAGCGCCCUACUGUGAGAUGGACUACCACAACCUGUUCUCCCCACGCUGCCACUACUGUAACGGCCCUAUACUGGAUAAAGUUGUCACUGCGUUGGACAAGACAUGGCAUCCUGAACACUUCUUCUGUGCUCAGUGUGGAUCAUUCUUUGGCCCAGAAGGCUUCCAUGAGAAGGAUGGGAAGGCGUACUGUAGGAAGGACUACUUUGACAUGUUUGCACCGAAAUGUGGCGGCUGUGCCCGAGCCAUUCUGGAGAACUACAUCUCUGCGCUAAACUCCCUUUGGCAUCCAGAGUGCUUUGUCUGCAGGGAGUGCUUCACCCCAUUUGUGAAUGGGAGUUUCUUUGAGCAUGAUGGGCAGCCCUACUGUGAGGUGCACUACCACGAGCAGCGAGGCUCCCUCUGCUCGGGUUGUCAGAAGCCCAUCACCGGCCGCUGCAUCACAGCCAUGGGCAGGAAGUUCCACCCGGAGCACUUUGUUUGUGCCUUCUGCCUCAAGCAGCUCAACAAGGGCACCUUCAAGGAUCAGAACGACAAGCCCUACUGCCAGGGCUGCUUUGUGAAGCUCUUCAGUUAGGGAGUGUGUGGCUCACAAGCUUGUAUCAGAAAGUGUCUGUGUAGCUCUGGUAGUGUGUGCAAAUCAGAUUGUGUGUGUUUGAAUUGUUUUAGAGGGAUGUCUGUAUACUGACGAUGUGAAUGGUGAAAGUGUGUGUGUGUUUCAGGUAGUAUGUGUGUGAGAUUCCAGCAUUCUCUUUUUGGCCCUUGAAGUGUAAUGGACAAUUGGAUCAGGUCUCUGCCUGUGCGCUUUCCGUGAUGCUCAGAAUAGUGUGAUUUCAAACCCAAAUGGUUUUGCUUUGCUUUUGUAGUCCGGGUAAAUGCUUACUGAACACUGUAAGAACACAUGGGAUGCGUAUAUGGAAGUGUUUUGAGGUUGCUGCUCACUGGUUGAGUGUCUCUUGAAAACCAUUUGAAAUGUGACAUGUUACUAGAUCAGGGAGAUGUUGACCUGUCUUUUUUUAUCAGCUGAGGCCUUUUUUCAACUGCUAAAGCAAAGGCCUCGGUGAGAGUUCUUUAAUUUGCUGUCUGAGUAACAGAGAACAGAUGCAUAUAAUGAUGUCAUUGUAGCUUUGACUGGAAAUAGGCUGUGGGUCAGUCAUUAUUUUAGUACUUGUGAAGAACAUGGUUGUGUCAUCAGACCCUUGUGGACUCAUUUUCACACACGGCCUUGUGACACACAAUCAUUAACACCUCCACACAAGCAUUUGGUGUUUGACAAACAUACGAAUGCUGACAUGUUACAAUUUAGAUUUAAUGUAUAUUGGAAUGUUUCUAUAAAAUGUAUGUGAAAAAGAUGAAUUUACAACAAAUAAUAUUUGACUCCCUCUGUUUGGGAAAUUGGAGUCACAUAUAACGCCAAAUGGGGAGAUGGAUAAUGUUACUUUGUCACCUUCUCCACUGCCCACUCAGUCCUCUAGAGCUUAACCGUUAGUUGGACUGGUUUGGACUUUCCUUUAUGUUCAGAAAGUGCUGAUGCAGUAUAAAAGAGUAUGCCACUAUAAACAAUUGAAUUGAUUCUGCAUACAGGAAACAGUUGCAUUUUACUGUGAGAAUACUGUAUACAAAGCGCUGGUCAGUUAAUAGUUUGAAUAACCACUCAUUAAGAGAAAUCCUCUUAGAAAUUUCAAAGCAUAGAUGCUUUUCUAUUUUUCAAGAUCUGUGAAGUUACUGUGCAUUGAGUUUGACUUUUUGUAAAAUAAAUAGAAUACUGCACAAGGCCCCUUACGUAUGUACACACAGAUUCUAUGCAAACAAUACUGUGUGCAGCUGCAAACAUUUAACUCAACAACCCUCUUGACUCUAUCCAAGUGAUGCUUUCAAGGAAUAUGCCUAUCUAUUUUCUGUACCAAUAUAUCAAUGCAAUGUCUUUUACACUGGGGAGACCAGCAAGGAAUCCUACUGUUUAUAGACUGGGAGUCCUGGACUAUCUCUUCAGAUUUCUGUCAGUGUGAGUCCACUGGAUAAUGUGUGUUGAUAUUGGUCUGAGAGUGUGCACUGUGCAGGAUCUACUGUACACCAGUUGUGUUUGUGGACUUGUAUUCUUAUCCAUCACAUAAUUGUAUUGGGUCUGUAUCUUGUUCAGGGAUUUACACCCAGAGCUUGUAAAUCUCUGUUCAUUGUUUUAUUUAAAUCAUUUAACUAUUUGUCUACUCAGAA